GAGGAGAGACCUUGGUGCGGCAAGACCGUGCGCAGCGACCACCGCACAGGUGGUUGCUCCGGUCUCUGGCAAGAUGUUGAUCAAAGUGCUCCUGAUCUUCCUGAGCACCCCCAUACUCCUGCCAUCUAGGAUUGAAGGAACUCAUGUUGAAUCAGAGGUGGAACCAUGUACUUACCUUAAUAAUGUCUAUGGCCCCAAGUCCCAGGCUCGCCAAAAGAAAUUUCCCUCUAAAAAAAUAAAGGCCACUCCUAUUGAUACCCAAGAUGACCUUGGAAAAAUGGCAGAAGCCACUCAAAUCCUGGACAGUAUCCUGAAGAAUUCUGAUUCCAAACUGCGCCCCGGCAUAGGUGAGAAACCCACUGAGAUUACUGUUGAGCUCUUUGUCAACAACUUUGGUCCUAUCUCUAUCACAGACACGAAGUACUCCAUUGACAUCACCUUACAACAGACCUGGUAUGAUGAACGCCUUCGGUACAAUGCCAGCUUUGAGAGCUUUGUUCUGCAUGGCAACAUGACAAAAAAUUUAUGGAUCCCAGACAUCGUUUUUAAGAAUUCUAUGAAUAUCGAUGAACAUUCGAUCACUACGCACAGCAGGGUGACCCGCAUCUACAAGGAUGGCAAAGUGUUGUUCAUAGAUAGGAUGAUCAUUGAUGCUGGAUGUUCAUUCCACAUGUUCAAAUAUCCACUGGAUUCUCACUCUUGCCCUCUGUCUUUUUCUAGCUUUUCCUAUCCUAAGAAUGAGAUAACGUACAAAUGGAAAGAUUUCAAGCUUGACAUCAAUGAGAGUAAUUCCUGGAAGCUCUUACAGUUUGAUUUUACAGGAGUGAGCAAUAAGACUGAAACUAUCUCAAUGAUGGACGGUGAUUUCACUGUCUUCACGCUUGUCUUUAAUGUAACCAGGCGAUUUGGCUUUAGUACUAUUCAAAACUAUAUCCCUUCUUUUAUGACCACGAUCAUGUCCUGGAUUUCCUUUUGGAUCAAGAAAGAAUCUGUUCCAGCCAGGACCUCUAUAGGCCUCACCUCUGUACUAUCCAUAACCACAUUGGGUUCCUAUACCAAGAAGGAUUUCCCGCGUGAAUCCUAUUUGACAGCCUUGGAUGUCUACACUGCUAUUUGCUUCCUCUUUUGCUUAUGUGCUCUGGUGGAGUAUGCGGUGCUUAAGUUCCUGAUCCACAACCACAUGAGACCCAGUGCUUCUCCGAGACUUCGCUAUCCUCCUACCCGUACCCAUGACCUUACCCCACCCCGCAUCCAAGCCCAACAACAACAGCAGGAAGGUAUUUUUGUAUUGGACAUCGAGGGAACUGGUCCGGAGAAUGAUGAAGAGGAUGGCCCAUCUUCCCCACCUCAACAGCCCAUCAACCCGAAUCUCACCCAGCGCCAUCGCAACUGCUGCAGGCUCUGCAAGUACCUGUGCGUGGUCAGCAGUCGUGAUGGCAGUUUUUGGCAUCAGGGACGCCUUUUCAUCCACAUUUACCAACUGGAUAACUACUCACGAGUUAUUUUCCCAGUGACCUUCUUCAUUGUCAAUGUGCUCUACUGGGUUAUUUGCUUUAACCUGUAGGUACCAGCUGGUACCCUAUGGGGUAACCCCACAAGUUCCCCUGGAGGUCCCUCAUGCCUUGCCAAGGGAAUUGGGGGAAAGCAGCAGCAGGAGCAAUUAGAACACGUCUUUCCUCUCUCCCCCCCCCCCCCCUUCCAACCCAUUCACUAAAUCUCCAUGGCAGCCCUUUUAGAGUAAAAUGGCUCAUCUCUCUAUUCCUUAAGGGGAAUAGAGAUGUUGAUGUUCAACCUUAAAAAUUAUAGGUUGUCAGUGACCAGCUCCCAAUGUCAUGCCCAAGUAUAAGCAGAUUAGCUAUCUCCCAACAGUGUUGACGAACACUACUUUUUUCAAGAAUUCUAAUUCUGGCUUUGUGGUGCUCCAGGCCCAGAUCUGGCCUCAGCCUCAAAGUGCACAGACCACCUGCUUGCCUGUUUCUGACACUUUCUUAAGAUGCUGGGCAGCAGUGUAAUAAGGUGUGUGUGUAUUUCCCAUCCUUAGGUGAGAUUAUUAUAUUAUUGGUUCUAUUUCCCUGCCCACCCUUUCCCUGCAGAUAGACAGAAAUUGACAUUAUCCCUUUAAAAGGAGAGCCAACACUUGAACUUCUUUAGGACAGUAUCCCCCAUCUGCUGCUGUGAUGCCUUCCGCUCCCUCCCCAACCCCUGCCUCUGUCAUUCAUCUGCACUACCAAUUCAAUGCCUUUCAUACAGUGGGUUUAUAUUUUUGUGUGAUAAUAGUAAUAACCCCCUGCUUUAUAUGCUUCCUUCUCCUUCCUCCUUCACCGCUGUGACUCUUAAUGUAACUACCCCAGUGACUUUCCCAGCCCUGACCCAGGUGCUAGGCCAUGGUGACUUCCUAGGGCCAAGAAAUGAAGGGAACUCUGCUUUGCAGUGGGCAUUGUUUGCAUUGAUUGGUGCCCUCUAAGGCACAGCAUAGACGUUCUGCCACUUCCUUGGCCCCUGGAUCCAUGAGCCAGUCCACUCUUAUCGCUGGGGCAUGCUUACAAUCACAAUCAAUUGAAUUCCCUUAAAUUUAUACAGAACUUUACCUUUUGCAAAAAAAACACAAAAAACCACUUUUGAAAAAUUAUUCUAUGAUAGCCUUAUUAUAGCCCUAUGAAAGAUUCGGGGCAGGAUUCUUAUCCCCAUUUUGCAGAUGAGAACCCUGAGGCACAGAUUUCUAUGGGACUGUGGAUCUCACUGGAAACUACCCAGGAGCCCACUGUCAGUUUCUAGACUACAUGACAGGGCUAGGCAUCUGUGUUCACCAUGAUUCAAUUCUAUAGCCUCUGCUGGCACCCCAGUGGCAGGGCCCAGAGUAGCAGCUUCUCUUCAGCUUUGGUCUGCUCAAUUCCUGGGCCUCAGGUGCUCAGACUGCCCUCAAGAUCCAACCUCUCCUGGCUCUGAAAACCCAGUGAGGUCAAAUUUGGACAUGCCCCAAUGCUUGUAUAUGCUCAGUGAAAUCUGUGUCUGUAUUUUAUUGGGGGUGGGAUAGGGAAGGGGUUCCAUCUGCUUUUUGUCACCAUCACCUGUAAAGGGGAAAUAUAUCAAUAAAUAUAUCAGCAAAGCAUAC